CACUGCGCAGCCGCGUCCAUUUACUGCGAGCGGCACACGGACGGAACCAGCCCAUCGGGAAAUGCUCCCGAUUCCGAACGCACACACAACUGUCACGCGACCGGGCACGACGGCGCUACCUCGGUCAAGCUACACAGCCCUCGCUCAGAUUCAACAAUUUUUCCAGCAGUGCAGCCAUUACAUCGCCCCGGAACGGGGGUGCCUUGGUUGGAGUUCUUCACCGUUGUUCCUGUCUGAUUUUAUUUUUCUCUUCUCCCAGUGCUGUGACAUGUAAAAUUUCGGUUUUCGCUAAACUUUCGGACUCAUCGUCACCCUGUCGACUAUCACCACGAUGGCGAACGCUUCGUCCACCAACCCCAUCGACGAGGGCCUGCAGGAUCUGGGCGUCCCGGUUCCGGUGCAGACGUUCCUGUGGCAACAGAUAGCUCCCUUCAUCCGGCCGAAGCUGGGCAAACUGCACGAGGCCAGCUGCAUGUUCUGUCAACACGCACCCGGACACCAUGAGCUGAAGGAAGCGUGCAAGUCCUUCGAGAAAGUGCUUGUGCAGAACAUACAGUUCGGGCUGUCACCAUCACUAACCUCCGCACUGGAAUCGAUCCCGAGAUGGCGCAUUGUACAGGCUGCCUUACCGCACGUCAUACACUGUGCCGGAGCGCUGAUGCACAAUCGUGUAAAAGAUCUACAGGCGCUCGGGUCGGCCGAAACCAAGAUACUCUACACGCUUCACUGGAUACUGCUGUUUGCGGCCGAGGAGUGUGCGGAUGCCGAAGCGGACAAGGAAAACGCUACGAACAAUUACCUCUUUUCGAUACCAACGAUAUCGCUGUUCGUGUUUCUGUUCGCUCCCAUCGCCCACAUGCUGAAGGAGUCCGACUUUCAAAACUUUCGGCUCGAAAAUGGGCUCAAGAUGUGGCAGGGUAUGUGGGAGUAUCGGGCACCGAAUGCACCCUGCUUUACGGCACCGGUCAAACCGAAGGCACGCAAUCUGCUCAGCUCGGUCAGCACCACACCAUCGCCAGAGGUGUUCUCACCCAAGAAAAUGGAAAACAUCGAAUCACCGCCGAGCAUCUACUCGGGCAACAUCAAGCACGAUGACGAGCUGUCGUUCGUAUCGUCGCCCAAAGAUUCCGUCUUUCCCGAAACCAUCCCGGAAGAGGCGUCCAGCGUUGAGGAGGAGCGUGUCGUGAUCUUCCGACUUCCGAUGGAUGGUGGUGUGCCGGAUCCAUCGUACUAUACGGCCGACGCUAGCCUUCUGCAUCACGGGGCAAAGUUUAACAAGCCACAAUCACAUCAAACACCGACCAGCAGUGGAAUCGGUUCGAGACCGCAUCCGCUACACCAAUCGGACCAUCGCGGUGAAGCUACUAGCUUCGACUUUGACAGGAUUGACACGUACAGUAAGGAUUCAAAACCAAAGACGAGCUCCUCAACGGAGCGAGAAUCCUUCGAUACCGAUCCGAAGAUGUCGCAGGGCCACAAGUGUGACGUCAUCGCUGCUACCUUUCUGGAUGUAGCCGUACUGCGCUGCCUGUUCAUUUCCCACUGGCAGGAGGAAGGUGUCUACUGGAGCUUGCACUAUCUCUACAACCGACUGCGCGACAUCAGCGAAGAAACGUCGGCGCUUCCAUCCCACCCGAGACGUCGUUCGAACUCGCUACCCAUACCGCAGAUAGAGAUCUCGCUCUACCAAGGCCCCAGCAGUAGCCGGGACAGCCCCAGCAUCGGCUCGGCAAACAAAGACUACAUAGAGAUACCGGAUCCACCGAUCACUGCCCUGCUGGCCGACGCUCCGUACUACGUAUCGAAACUCCCUUCCGAUGAGUCGUCACUGGGGCCGCUCAGCGAACGGAAGGGUAGCGAGAAGAAGCGUCGCGUUAAGAUGGCCGACCUGCGGACGCUGAUCGAAACACGCAUCCUGUCCAAAUCGGACCGUGGGCUGGAAAAGAUUGGGCUCGAUGCGAACACGAACGGGAAGCGACUGCAACAGAUGGAGUGUCAUCGCAGCUUGGACACCGGGGAACGGCAACUGUCCCGCUCGGCGUCGAUGAUAUCGCGUGCACCAUCAACGAACCUUGUCAAAGGCAAAAGUAUGCCGAGCUUAAGCUGUCUCAUUGAUGGCGGAUUCCAUCGAAACAUUGAACCACCGCCGAAGGUCAUACGUAACGUACAAUCGAAUGUACAGUCGAGACAAUCGAGCACAACGCCAAAGUAUCCGAUCAUCACCGUUACGGAGCAUACACCGACACCGUCGCCGGAUUAUAUGAAGAGACAGGGUUCCAUCGAUUCGCAGCUGGACGCACUGAGUGCUGGUGGCAGUACGGGAAUGUUUAAAUCGCAGAUGUUACGAUCACACACGGAUUCGCACAUCGGAUACACGUGCGUGUCAGACGAAACCGAAGCACCUGGAUCGUGCUUCUACAUCACGAAGGAGGGCACGAUCGACUACGAGGUCGUGCUGCUGGCAGUCCACUGUGUGUUCAAGCGUGACUCGAGCGUCUGCACACUUCGCGUGCUGGAAGCCGGUCUUAACAUCUGCGAAAUCCUGCUAGAUCUCGGUGUACUGAAGCUGGGUGAUCAUGCCCAUUCCCUAGCGAUUGGUAUCGUUAAGCGAGCCUUCAUGCAUCUCGGAUGUCCACAUGGGUGUAAUGAUGCAAAUCGUGGUCCACCGGCAGAAGUGUUGCGUACCACGUGCAACUCCAUCCUCUCGCGUCUUCUGCGUCAGAAUGGGAAAAUCCUUAAAGCAAACUUGCGCGCAUUCAUCAAGGAAUCUCCGAUGCACGAAAUCACCGACUUCUUCCACGCGUAUCUGGGCUUCUGUGUGGAUCCGAGCUCGCUGCUAUCACCGUUGAACCAUAAGAGAUCAUCUGGCAUAAAAUCGUUGAACGCUGACUUUGGCGGUAUAUCAGGCGGCCAGGGCGGCUAUGCAACCAACUUUGGCAGCGGACUUACCGGCGGCACGGAGAGUCAGCUGAUCGGGGCCAUCUUCAAGACGCUCGCAACGCGGCUGGUGCAAUCACUGAAGGAGCUCAAGUCGCAGGACAACCUAUCCCUCUACUGUGACAUCCGGCAGCUCAUCACGUACGUCAAGGGUGCGCACGGUGGUCCGUUCCGCGUGGUGGCAUUAAGUGGCAUUCUGGCCGUUACUCCACGCCCUCAUAAGCAAGCUCCAAACAUGCAGACUACGCGUGUGAUACGCCAUUUGCCAACGAACGACAUCCAGCUGCUCCACCAGGAUGAGAAGGCGCAGCGCAAGCUGCUGUUCAAGAAGAAGAGCACCUCCUCGACGUGUGUCAUCGUUCCUUUCCUGUUGCAGCUGUUAGAGACGGAGGGUUUUGAGGAGCCGAGCCGGGCCAGCCAGAGCCCGUUAAGCAAUCUGCGCCGUAAGGGGCCGCAAGUGCGGCCCACCCUUACCCCUCGCCACAGCGAGCGGGCUUUACUAUCUGAUUCUACUUCCAGCUCCGAGCGCAACUCGGUCGGCCGGUUGACCGGCAUCGUGCGAUGGUUCCGGCGUUCGAAGGAUCGCGAUUCGGUGGACCUGGAGUCGGGCAUACUGGCGGCGAGUGGGUCCGAGUCGAUGGCAAACUUCAUGCGCAAGGGUUCACUCAACUUUCAGACACGCAACCGUGCGACGGAGGGCAUCGGAAGAUCGAUACAGAAGGCGAAGCGGCGGCUGAAUCGGUUGGGGCUUGGCAAGGGCAAGAAGAAGACGGGCGGUACCGAGGACGUCGGGGGAAGUUAUUUCAGCCGAAGAAGUUCGCUUGAUGUAAGCGAUGGGCCGCGUGAGUCGGAAGUUGUAGUGCUGAAGGAACGGCGCCUUAUCCCAAUUUCACCGGUUCGGGAAGGAAUGGCCAGAUUCGCGUUGUUGUUGGAGGUGUGCGCUCCUGGUUCAGUUCCCGAUCCAGCACUGAUCACUGCUCUGCUCGAUCUGCCUCAAGCUCCGAUUGUUGCUCGAGCGGCAUUCUUGGUGGAGUGUGCCCACUUCGUCCAUCUGUGCAAUCGCGGACAGUGGCCAUCAUGGAUGAAACAGAACUUGCCAGUCUUUAGACCAUCGGGACCGGCAAUGGGAACCAGGACUGCGAUGGCUGCCGGCACCAGACGUGCUCAUGUUCUGCAACGAGCGGCCGGUAAAAUGUUUCAUCAGUGGGGCGAAGCACUUGGAGCUCGAUUGAACGAGAUGAUCAACAACGAUAAGCUCAACUCGGAGCAGAUGGCUGCCAGUCUAUCCGAUCCCGAGAAGCAGAAGCAAUUGCUUCAGCAGGACGAGGAGGAAGAUUUUCUUGAUGAGACAAGCGUUAAUCCACACGGAAACGAUUGUCCACCGGCACUGAAACUGAUCGCUUGUGUACUUUUGCUCGAGAUCACUGCUUUCCUGCGAGAAACGUACCAAACGCUGCCAAAGGCAUCCCGACUGUCCACCAAGGAGAAGCACACUCCGUGGGAUAAAGUUUGCCGAGGUGAAACUAAUCGCCGUUGGUCGAUGGCCCUCAGCUCGAUGGGUGGACAUUCGCAAACGUCCGCGCAGAGUCUACAAUCGAUCGCGGGACAGACGGAACGGAAAAUCUCGUUCGUACUGCAGGAACCGGACAAUGAAUCCGAAAACAGCAGCAACACCACACUGACGAUCCAGGGCGAGGAAAAUGUGCAGCAAGGCCAGAAGCGUACGUUGGCUACAUCGAGGAACUUUCUGUUGCGCCGCGGCACGUCCGCAACGCCGGCCGGUGGUUCGUUCAAGCGACGCUCGUUGAAACUUCGCCGUGGUGCCAAAGAUCUGAAGGAAGUGGAAAAUGAAUAUCCAGUAAGACGUACCGAUUCGAUUCAAUCUAAGCGCAAGGUAUCGUCGCUGUCCGACAGAAGCGAUAACUCCGAACCGGGUCAAAUCAGUGGUGGAGAAGAGUCGCCCGGAAUCUUAAGCGAUGAUCAACCACCGGAAUCACCGUGCGAUUCGAACGAUUCGGACGAAACAACCAAGAAUCUGCCGUGGCUCAAAUCAGUAUCCAACUUUCUGGGCUCGUUCAAUUACUACUGCGAUCAUCAAAACUUUUGUCACCCGUACUGCUACCGGCGGCAUAUGCGUGCGGCAACUAAGCUGAUUCGUGCCAUUCGCAAGGUAUACGGCGAUGAAUUCGGUGUCACUCCGGUCACUUACGCCCAGCCGAGUGAGUCAGCCAAGGGAACGACGCGCCGCGAUCGGACCAAACAGGGACGCAAGGUGUCGGAUCAAAGCUCGUCGCAAACAUCACCAUCCAAGCGCAAGGACAGCGUCACAAAGCGCGAUCGGUACGUUGUUUUGUCCUUACCACAGAUGUUUUUCUCAACUACAUCUCACACCUUCUGUCCUUAUACCCUCAGAAUCUUGCUACAGGACGAAUCGGAACCAAACACCUCCCAAUACUCAACGUUCAUUCACGAACCGAAACACCAUCAGGAGGAUCCGCCGGUGCUGAAAUACAUCAAAAACCAAGUACGUGAUGUUUUCCACGCUCCUAUAGCGUCCCUGGUGAAGGGAGCGGCCGUCCUGACGGAGGAACAGUUCGUUGAGGUCAUUCCGAUUGCGUGGGAACUGCUGCUCGAAACCGACCAGGAAGUUUCGGCAGCUUCGGCGGCCCUCUUCAUACUGGCCUCGGUGAAGGCACCAAACACCGCCACGGACAUUAUGCAGCGUUCGCUGAAGAACAAAUGUCCAAACACUCGCAUCCAAGCGAUUCUACGCUACCAGGUGCUGUGGAAGAAUCGGUUCCAGGUGUGGCCGCGGAUGGAGGAGGGCGCACAUCUCUCGUUCAAGGUACCUCCACCCGGCAUAGAGUUUACACUUCCGUCGCCGAAAAUUGGCAUCGAAAGCCUGCCGGUGGUGGAUCCUCCCUGGAUGCCUCGCCAGCAAAACAAAGACAUGGAGGUCACACUGAACCAGGAGCGACAUCGUUCCUUGGUAACAGCAACGAAAACGCGCAAGAAACAGCAAACAGAAGCAAUCCGCCACGCGAUGCUGCAGCAGGAAGACAAGCAGCGUUCGGAGCGGCAGAGCUUCCUCAUCACUACGAUUCCCAUCACGCAGCAGGCGGCACACGAACCGGGUCUCGAUCAUGGACCGGCUGAGGAUCACGUGGAGGAGGAAGAGGACGGCACCAGAUCGGCCAUUCAUAUGCAUGCGGCUCAUUCUCUGUUUCCGUCCUGCCUUUGCUCGUCCGUGAUGCAGAUUGUCGCGUGCCUGGAUGAUGCCGCCGUCAAUUCGGACGGUUGUGCCGUGUACGAGGUGGCGUAUCAGGUCAUCUGGAUCUGUCUCGUCGAAGACUCUGCCCUGUUUCUGCGUUACGUGCUCGAACGCUUGACCCGCGAUCAUCAGGAUCAGAUGUUUAAGCUGCUACGACACUUGAUCCGGUUCGUGCCGAGGUUGCCCCAGCAGGCAGCAUUCGCCCUGUACAACUACAUCAUUGGGUACGUGAUGUUUUACGUACGGUCGACGCAUGAGUGCAGCCAACAGCUCGUAGGUUCCGCCCUAUCCGUACUGUGGAUGGUAGUGCACAGCGUGCACGGAAUCAUGUUCAAAGAUUUGAAACAGAUCCUGCGCAAGGAGCAGUGCGAUGCGUCCAUCCUAUUGACCGCGAAUGUACCUUCCGCGAAGAAGAUCAUCGUGCACGGCCCGGAAGAUGAAGGAGGUAUACCUUCCCAGUUCCCGGUACAAGAGGACACACAGUUCUCGCAGCUGCUCAGUGAAUCGCUCGACUUUUUCGGCAUCGACGAGAAGAAGCACGCCCAGCACGUGCUGGUAGACUACAAGAGCCACCAAAUUCUGAACCCCAACUGGUACGUACGCGAUCUGUACUUCUUCAAGCGCUCUCAGUACCCCCAACUGCGCCUGGUAGAGAUGAAGCCCGAAGAGUCGUUCAACGCACUGCAGCGCCAGGAGCUGUGCAAAAAGUUCGUCGAGAUCGGGAAGGUCCAUCUGACCUGGGCCAUCCUGAAGAACGUCGACAUGGUCGUCCAGCGGGUGGUUUUCCUGCACGAGGAGCUCAUGAAGCUUCCAUCCUUCCCGCGCAAAGCGCUCGAGGCCGAUCUAGACUUGCAUCAGGGCGGUGAGCUCGGCAAGGAGCUGCUCGGACUGGAUGUGCUGCACAAGUUCAUGUGGGUACGGCUGAUCGCGCGCAUGUUCGAAGCGAUGGCCGGCAACUUUGCCUAUUCGGCCGACAUUCAGCUCUUCCUCAACGUGCUGUCCGGUGCCGCCUUGCUGCACUCGGAAGAUUCGUGCAUUAUGCGCUACGUGACGGCCACCUUCAUUAACGCGGCGUCCAACUUUAAGAACAUUUUCUCCACCAACGGGUACUUCAUGAUCAUGCCGGCCAUGCUGCAGGUGUACUCGCUUCACCAGACGAACAAGCUCGUCACCACCACGAUCGAAUAUGCCGUGAAGCAGUUUUAUCUGCUCAACCGGAAGCCCUUCAUACUGCAGAUGUUCGGUUCCGUGUCGGCCAUCCUCGACACGGAUGAGAAUGGAACGUACGGUGAGGCGCACAAGGUACAGUCGAGCUGCCUGUUCAAUCUACUGCUCAGCCUGGAAACUCCCUCGCCGGAUCCGCUCAACAUAGCCGAGCUGGUGAAGGAACCGAAACCACUGAAAGCGAUCGAUUUCUGCUACCACGAUGAGGACGAAAUGGUGACGGUGUUGGAUUGCAUUACGCUUUGCGUGAUGGUUGUGUCCUAUUCGGCUGAAAGUACGCGUGGAUAUCAGAUGUUGAUCAUUUUGGAAGCCAUUUUGCCCUGCUACAUGCAGCAGAUUCAAUCCUCGUCGUACAUCCCGCUGGAAGGGAAAUGCGAACGGGACAUUAUUCUGCAGCUUGCCGUGACGAUUCGCACCAUGGUGCACAACUGCGAGGGUUUGUCAAAGAGCUACAAUGGUCCGUUCCGGAACAGUCCCGAGCAUAAGGGAUCGAGCCAGCGCAAUUGUUCCCGCGGUCCACCUUGCUCCCCGGGGCUGGAUUACGACGACGAAUCCCACGCGAAGUACGUCAGCGAUAUCGGGCGCUCGAAGAUGCUGAACGAAUCGGUCGAUGAUUCCGAAACGAUACGCGAAUAUCGGCGGCCCCGCGAUGUACUGCUGUCGGUGGUGGGCGAAUUCAUCAUACAAGCCUCGACCCGGCUCGCCGAGCUAGCCCGCAAACAGGGCGAACCCAAACCGAUGGAACUGCUGGACGUAAAGUGUCACGUACGGUUGGCCGAGAUAGCACACUCGCUGCUGAAAGUCUCGCCGUACGACCGAGAGUCGAUGGCCUGCCGGGGAUUGCAGCGUUACAUGCAGUGCAUCUUCCCCCGGGCCGAGUGGGCCGAUGAUCACGGCAUGAAGCCAACGCUCGUUACGAUUCUGCGCCGGCUGGAUAAGGUGUUUCUGAAGAUAUCGAAAAAAUCUUCCGUACGGCGCAACACAAACUGGGAGGCGGCUGCCGGUUUGCUGAAGGGCGUUUCCGAAGCCAUCAUACGCUAUCCACACAUCCUGCACUGGCGCGAAAUGAAGGCACUGCUGACGAACGUGCAGAACCUGAUCGUCAACGAGCCGGGCAACUUUCCCGAGGGUGUGUCCGGUGCCGGUGCCGCCCUGAUGUCGAAAAGCCCGCCGGCAUUCUUCUGCUCGAACGUGGUACGGUUGGUCGCGCUGCAGGUCGUCAGCCCGAUCGAUUCCGUCUCGCACGGGCUGGAGCAAAUCUGCGGCGGCAGUACCGACUUUCCGUCGCAGGAAAAGGCGGAAAGCUUCCUGAUGCAUCUGCUGAUGCCGCUGUGUCUGAAGGUGUGCAGCGGGCGCGGCAUUUUCGAUGUCGGCGAGCUGAAGCAGUCGGACAUCUCGUUCCUGGUGACGGCCGUGCUGAACGCGAUGAGCCCGGUCGCCGGACGCACGACGCAGAUGGGCAUGCAGACGAACCGCACCGGGGCGGAUUUGCGGGCCGGUUCGCUAACAUUCACCGGCAGCCGGGACGCGAAGAGGCCGUCGAAAAUUUCGAGCUCACUGUAUCAGGCCACCUUUCUGGCGCUGCGCGUACUUUGCAUCUGCUUCGAAACGCGGCUUUCGAACGAAUGGCCCCGGAUUGCACGGGUAAUGCGCGAUUUGGGGCGCCGCAAUGAGGCGGCACCGGAGCUGUGGAGUUUUCUGGAGUUUGUUGUUACGCAGCGUACCCCGCUGUACAUUGUGCUGAUGCCGUUCAUCAUGCACAAGAUCUCACAACCACCGAUUGGAGAUCACGAGCGGCAUAUGCAGUUUUUGAUUCGUGAACGAAUGCGGGGCACCCAGCCAACGGGUGGAACUAAGUCUCGUGGCGCCAUACUGCUGGAACUGUCACGCGAGUUGCGUGAGCUGAGAGAAGAGCUGGAAACGAGACGAUAUGAUCGAGACCUGUCGACGGAAACCUCCAAGCGAGACAUUCCCAAUAUGCCUCCCGCACCGGAGCAGCAACCCGUACGGCACCAGCAGCGACCAUCGCUCAUAUCGAUGCUGACCGGCGUUCAGCCGCCCGGUGGCUUCCCAGGCUCGCUACAGCAGCAGCAGCAGCAGCAGCAGGCAGAUGCUCGCAGCGGUACCGGUAUCUGCACCUCCAGCGAUACCCUAUCCCAGCAAACGCUCCAAGCGCCGAAGGGUGAGUCCCUGUCCAGCUCCACCACCACCACCACAAACAACCGUGACGCCGGCCUAAUCGGGGACACGCAGAGCGCCGAUCUGACGCUUACCUCGGGCAUCCUGGCCGAAGCGGGCUCGGUUGACCUGCAAGCUACCCCGAUCGGUCGCGAAUCGGUGGCCGGUAUCGGUGGUAGCAUCCCGCACCUUUCCCACUCCGUCUCGCUCCAAGCAUCCGGCGUCAAAACCCAACCACCCCGACUGCGUUUCGUAUCGUCCGUCGAGUUUAAAACUUCGUCCGGCGAAACAUCGACAACACCGCUCUCACCCGACAGCCUGGCGGACGACAGUUCCGGCGAAAAUCACAACAAACAUCGACUGCAGCGGUCGCGCGCCCAGAGCCGCAAAACGUUCCGCAAUCGGCGCGGUAUGCGGGCAAACAAUUUUAACGAAACGAGCUACAUACCGACCGUUGCCGGUGGAGCCGGCCUGUCGAUGGGCGUUGGCCCCGCACCGGUUAACCCCGGAGCGGGAGCCGGGGUGGGCAGUGCGGUACCACCGGCUAUGGUCGGCUCGGUCAUUCCCGGCCCAGGCGGACCGCCGGUAAUGCCACCGAUCGUGAACGAACCACCGUACGUGGAACCGCUCAAUCGGACGAUCGCCACGCUCGGUGAUCUUAGCUGGGAUUCGGUUUCGCAAACGUCUUCCACGUCCGGGUAUCGGGAUAAUUACAGUCUGCAGACGGGACUGUUCUCGCCGGACGGUUCCCUGUCGGGGAAUGCUGGAAUGGGCGGACGGUCAUCCUCCCAGCACUCGCUGCUGAUGUUGUUCGAAACGCAGGAUGAGGAUACACUCAUUUAAGAAAAAACCCACCCAAAUCCCACUCUCUCUCGCUCCCCACAUGUUGGGAGGUCUUUGCAAACGAAAGGGUGAAAUGCUGAUUAAAAAAAAAAAGGCUGCCAGGUCCGGACACCCGGACCUGAUUGCAAUCUCCGACCGGGAGGGGAUUGUCUAAAUGAUUGAUAUGAAACGUGUUAACAUAGUGAAACGAAUAACUUUUUAAAUGCACUUACAGUUACGGACGCUGCACAAGUGUUCGGCCAUCGGUUUGAUCGGCUUGACGUUCCAGCGGUGUACUAAGGCCAAACCGAACCAAACACACACACAUACACACCUAGACACUAAGUACGUCCAUAGAGUAGUACGUCUGUGAAGAUUCAUCGUUAACGUUUGUAGUCUGAUAGCAGUGAGAGGUAGAAUUGGAAAGCGGAGCCGUGUUUGCCAUUUGGGCAACAAUUGUUUAUUAACACCACAUGCUAUACGUAUAUAUAUAUACAGUGUGUGUGUGCAUUUAUGUGCGUGUGUGUGUAAGUUGUUGGAAUGUUUGCCAAUAUUGUAUCAGUAUUAAAAGAAAAACAUGAUGCCUCCUCAGGAGAGACUCAGGACUCUCGAGCGAGACUUUGCUUGCCAUGUGUUAGCUUGUGAAUGUGAGUCGUGCGGCGUUAGUAAACCCUUGCGGGGGAAUCGGUUUUCUGUCCACCGAGCUAGUGGGAGUUACAUGGUGUUAGGAUCCUCCAAAUAACUAAUCAGUAUUUUAAAAUUAAACCAAACACAAACGAAUGAUAACCAAAAUGAUAAAACAAAAACUCAAACACUGCAAAAACAACGUAUCCACCAGAAAAAAUAUGUAGGCAAAGAUUUUACUUAGUUAUAUUUUACACAAGAUGA